CAGUCCUGUUUGGUGCACAGCUCCUCCUCAGCAGAUAAACACCAUACAAGCAUGAAGACGAGUCGCCGGUGCAGGACCCUGCUGUCUGUCAGCCUCAACUUCUUCGCCCUCUUCUUCUCCAUCACCGCCUUCAUCACCACCUACUGGUGCGUGGGCACGCAGAGGGUCCCCAAGCCCAAGUGCAGCAAGCUGCGCACGCACCAGUGCAUCGACUACGGCGUGAACGAGACGGACCCCAACAAGGUGGUGUACAGCUGGGAGACCGGGGACGACCGCUUCCUCUUCCGCCAGUUCCACACCGGCAUCUGGUUCUCCUGCGAGGAGAACAUCCACGAUGAGAGUGAGAGAUGCCGCAGUUUCAUUGAUUUGGCCCCUGCAUCAGAGAAAGGGAUGCUGUGGCUGUCGCUGGUUUCUGAGAUGCUGUACAUCAUUCUGCUGCUGGUGGGCUUCAGCCUCAUGUGUUUAGAGCUUGUCAGCUCCAGCAACGUCAUCGAUGGACUCAAGCUCAAUGCCUUCGCUGCCGUCUUCACUGUCCUCUCAGGUCUUCUCGGCAUGGUGGCUCAUGUGAUGUACACUCAGGUCUUUCAGGUCACCGUCAGCCUCGGUCCACCGGACUGGAGGCCCUACAACUGGGUCUACGGCUGGUCCUUCUGCAUGGCCUGGGCGUCCUUCACCUGCUGUAUGGGUGCGUCAGUCACCACCCUCAACUCCUACACGAAGACCGUCAUAGAGUUCAGGCACAAACGUAAGACCUUUGAGCAAAGCAUUCGGGAGGAACACGCAAGGGAGGCUUUCGGAUACUUCCGAGAUCGCUCCGUGCACUCCAUCUCCAAAUCCGUGGAGGUUUAUCCGAGCCACAGCCUGAAAAGUGGCAGGAAAACUCCCCUACCCGCUGACUCUCUGGACCUGAGUGACAUUGCAGUAUCUUUAGGGGAAGAACAGUGCUGA